UUUAAUUGUAUUAUUCUUGUACCGCCUCGGCAGGUGGAGUCUGGGAAGAAGGGCCGUUCUUCGCUUUCUUGGCGGGAUGUUGGGGACAGCCCCAUUGAGAGGCCUCUAUGGCCAGGCGUAGGCAGCGCCCUUCCAGCGUCUCCCGUGUCUUGGUCCUGGUGUAGGGGCAGGUCCCGGUGCGGGCGCUGGUGCCUGAAUGUCAGCAGGGCAGGGCCCAGGGCAGUUAACAAGUUUAAAACCCCAGCUAAGCCAGACGAGCCGACGCGGGAUCUGGCCGAGCCCACCCCUGCUCGCGGGGCAGAGAAUGCUGCGCAAACUCUUCGAGGUUUGAGCCUUGCUGCUCUCCAUACCCGACUCCCCCGGGUGCACACGUUCUCGCGCUAGUUCCCGCGCAUUCUGGUGUAAGGGGUCAGAGGGCGCACCGCAGCGCAGGCGCAGGGAGCUAGGGUCGCGGCGGCCAUGGGCGAGGCGGGCGGCGCUGAGGAGGCCUGCGGGCUUAUGGGAACUAAAGAAGAAUUUGUUAAAGUCCGAAAGAAGGAUCUGGAACGGCUGACAACUGAAGUGAUGCAAAUACGGGACUUCUUACCCAGAAUACUAAAUGGGGAAGUACUGGAAAGCUUCCAGAAAUUAAAGAUUGUAGAAAAAAACCUAGAAAGGAAGGAGCAAGAAUUAGAGCAACUGAGAAUGGAUUGUGAGCACUUUAAAGCACGCCUGGAGACUGUGCAAGCCGACAGCAUGAAAGAGAAGAAGGAGAAACUGGCUCUUCGCCAGCAGCUGAAUGAAGCGAAGCAGCAACUCCUGCAGCAGGCAGAGUACUGCACAGAGAUGGGGGCAGCAGCCUGCACUCUGCUCUGGGGCGUCUCCAGCAGUGAGGAGGUUGUCAAAGCCAUUCUGGGAGGAGAUAAAGCUUUGAAGUUUUUCAACAUCACUGGUCAGACAAUGGAGAGUUUUGUGAAGUCACUGGAUGGGGAUGUCAAGGAGCUCGAUUCUGAUGAAAAUCAGUUUGUUUUUGCUUUGGCUGGGAUUGUGACAAAUGUUGCUGCCAUAGCGUGUGGUCGUGAAUUCCUGGUUAACUCCAGCCGAGUGCUCUUGGACACCAUACUGCAGCUUCUGGGAGACUUGAAGCCAGGACAGUGCACCAAACUCAAAGUGCUAAUGCUGAUGUCCCUGUACAACGUGAGCAUCAAUUUGAAAGGCUUGAAGUACAUCAGUGAGAGCCCAGGGUUCAUCCCUUUGCUGUGGUGGCUUCUGAGUGAUCCAGACGCAGAAGUGUGUCUUCAUGUUUUGCGACUAGUCCAGUCAGUGGUUCUGGAACCAGAAGUCUUCUCCAAGUCGGCCUCCGAGCUCCGGAGCUCCCUGCCCCUGCAGCGCAUCCUGGCCAUGUCCAAGAGCCGCAACCCCCGCCUGCAGACCGUGGCCCAGGAGCUCCUGGAAGACCUUCGAGCUCUGGAGUGUGAUGCGUAGGCAUGUCCCUCCUCCUUCCCCAGCUCCUCACUUUGUGUUCUGAAACCAUCACUGAGGGCCAUGUGUUAUAGAUGGCCAGAUGUUCUUGACUAGAGAUGGACAUGAAUGAAUAUGUAUCCACACACCUCCCCCCUGGAAGUGAAGGUACUUGUGGGUGGUGGAUUAAUCUUGCCAAGGGGAGCCCGAGAAAGAACCCAUCCUGUUGCAGCAGCCGUGUCAGCUGUGCUGGCUUCUUAGAGGGCUCCUGCUGCUCAGGGGACUUUCUGAGACCUCUGGGUCCCCCCAGAAAUGGGAGAUGAAGUAACCAUCUUUCCCAUCGGUCAGCAUUUCCUGAGAUACAUUUCUUUGAAAAACAAUUCAUUCUUUCUCUAGUAAUUAUAACUAAUGCCCCAAAUGCAAGUUUACCUUUAAACCUUUUGGUGACUUACUAGUUCAAAUGCCAUUUAGUUCUGUAUU